AUGGUGUUUGUGAUUCGAAUGGAAGAUGUAUUUGUGAGUCUGGAUGGACAGGGUCAAUAUUGUGAGCUUGAUAAAGACGAAUGUUCGCUAAUGGUAUGCCCAGCAGAUGCAACUUGUGUAAAUCUUACUCCAAAACAUAGCGAUGACAAAGGUUAUUCUUGCAUCUGCCCAGAAGGCUAUACUGGUGAUCUCUGCGAUCUAGAAGUAGACCUCUGCGAACUGCACAGAGAAAGAGGCGAAAAUUAUUGCCAUAAUGGUGGUGUUUGUGAGGCGCGCUACGUUUGUAUGUGUCAAAAUGGCUUUGGCGGACCGCGCUGCGGUCGUCGUGUACCACGUUUGGAAGAAUAUGAAGAAUUUGGUUGUCCUGAACGAGCAGAAGUAUGCGCGAAGCUGUUUGACGACGGCCGCUGUGACGACAUUUGCAAUCGCGAGUCAUGUCUUUUCGAUGGGUUCGAUUGUGCCAAACGAGACGGAGCUGUCUGCAGGCCAUGUUGUUAA